CAAUUUCUUUCCAGAGCUCUGACAACCUUAGUCAAGUUUUAAAAUGAUUUUACAAAAAGAUGUGUUUUUGUGCUGCUUAAUUGGCCUGGCUUCGGCUGGCUCACCAAGCUACACUGAAUUCUUCACCAGCUCAAGCAGCAGCUCCUCUCAAUAUUAUCCAGACAAUGGACCUCCAUGUGUUACCUGUAAUGAUGCUUUCAUGAAUAAUCAGUUCUCGUUAAUGGAAUGCAAUCCACAAGGAAGACCAAAAUAUUCCAUAGCCUAUAAAUUAACAAAUUCUAAUGCUUUAUUUUCCGGAUUCUGUACUGAUUUUCUUAGUUCAUAUAUACCAUCAGAGUACAUCCUUUACUAUGCCACUGAUGGAUUUUCACAGUUUUUCGAUUACUAUUUGGAUAUGUCUUCAUCGCCUUCUUAUACUGUGACACCACCAAGCUCUUCAGAUUCAGCAAGUUCAUCAAAUACAUUCGAGACCUUUGGCCCAGAAUCGAGUGCGAUUCAAAUGCUUUGUGGACGCCCUACGAUUCAUAGUGGAGUAUUAGAAACCCAUCAUCAUUACUCAAGCAGUUCUGGACGAUAUCCAGACACCAAUGGUCCACUAUGCAUAACCUGCUAUGAUGCUUUAAUUAACAAUCAACUAUUAUCAGACUCUGAUUGUAAUCCAAAUGGCCAGUGGAAAGUUCAAGUGAAUUUUGCUGACUCACCAGCAUCAAGCAAGUCUGGAUAUUGUGUUAAUUUUGGAUUAGUUGCUAAUAAUUAUGAAACACUGCCAACAUCUAUCUUAUGGAUUUAUGUAACGGAUGGACAUAUUCAUUAUGACUACUUUGGUAGAACUUCAUCGUCACCAAUACAAUCGUCAUCAUCAUCAACUACACAAGAUACUGAUGGAGAUUUUAAAAAAUUAAAUGCACAUUUUUUUGGAGGUUCUCCUGCUUACUUAAGUAGCUCAGCAAUAGACAAUUUACCAUGUGAAACCUGCUAUGAUGUCUACAUUAACAAUAAGCCAUUUUCAAGCUACGAAUGCAAUCCAAAUGGUCAACGAAAGUUUUUAGCUGGUUUUGCCAACUUAGAAGUUGUAUAUUCGGAUGGAUAUUGUGUUAAUUUUGAGGAUAUAGCUAAUAAUUAUGAUGCACUGCCAAAUAUCUACUUGUGGGUUUAUGCAACUGAUGGAGAAACUUCUUAUGAUUAUUUUGGCAAAUCAUCAUCAACGCCAUCGUUAUUAUCGGAAAGUUCUAACACAGAACUCGAAAAUGGCAAUUUCUGGUGA